UGCCACGUCACUUUCACGCGACCUCAUCUUUGUCAGUGCACAAAAUGGCACCCUACAGCCUUCUGGUGUCCCGGCUGCAGAAAGCUCUGGGUGUGCGGCAGUACCAUGUAGCCUCUGUCCUGUGCCAACGUGCCAAGGUGGCCAUGAGCCACUUUGAGCCCAGUGAGUACAUCCGCUAUGACCUGCUGGAGAAGAACAUCAACAUUGUUCGAAAACGAUUGAACCGGCCUCUAACUCUCUCAGAGAAGAUUGUGUAUGGACACCUGGAUGACCCAGCCAACCAGGAGAUUGAACGGGGCAAGACAUACUUGCGUCUACGGCCUGACCGAGUGGCUAUGCAGGAUGCCACAGCGCAGAUGGCCAUGCUGCAGUUCAUUAGCAGUGGGCUGCCCAAGGUGGCUGUGCCAUCAACCAUCCACUGUGACCAUCUGAUUGAGGCCCAGGUUGGGGGUGAGAAAGACCUCCGCCGGGCCAAGGAUAUAAAUCAGGAAGUGUAUAAUUUCCUGGCAACUGCAGGUGCCAAGUAUGGUGUGGGCUUCUGGAGGCCCGGAUCUGGAAUCAUUCACCAGAUCAUCCUGGAGAAUUAUGCAUACCCUGGAGUUCUUCUGAUUGGCACUGACUCCCACACCCCCAAUGGUGGUGGCCUGGGAGGCAUCUGCAUUGGAGUUGGGGGUGCUGAUGCAGUGGACGUCAUGGCUGGGAUCCCCUGGGAGCUGAAGUGUCCUAAGGUGAUUGGUGUGAAGCUGACGGGCUCCCUCUCUGGUUGGACCUCACCCAAAGAUGUGAUCCUGAAAGUGGCAGGCAUUCUCACAGUGAAAGGUGGCACGGGUGCUAUUGUGGAGUACCACGGGCCUGGUGUAGACUCCAUCUCCUGUACCGGCAUGGCAACGAUCUGCAACAUGGGUGCAGAAAUUGGGGCUACCACAUCAGUGUUCCCCUUCAACCACAGGAUGAAGAAGUACCUGAGUAAGACAGGCCGUGCAGACAUUGCCAGUCUAGCUGAAGAAUUCAAAGAUCACUUGGUGCCUGACCCUGGCUGCCAAUAUGACCAAGUGAUUGAAAUUAACCUCAAUGAGCUGAAGCCUCACAUCAAUGGGCCCUUUACCCCUGACUUGGCUCACCCUGUGGCAGAAGUGGGCACUGUGGCAGAGAAGGAAGGCUGGCCUCUGGAUAUCCGCGUUGGUUUGAUUGGCAGCUGCACCAAUUCAAGCUACGAGGACAUGGGGCGAUCAGCAGCUGUGGCCAAGCAGGCACUGGCCCAUGGACUCAAGUGCAAGUCCCAGUUCACCAUCACACCAGGCUCUGAGCAGAUCCGUGCCACCAUUGAGCGGGAUGGCUAUGCACAGAUCCUGAGGGAUGUGGGCGGCAUUGUCUUGGCCAAUGCCUGUGGCCCUUGUAUUGGCCAAUGGGACAGGAAAGACAUCAAGAAGGGGGAGAAGAACACAAUCAUCACCUCCUACAACAGGAACUUCACAGGCCGCAAUGACGCAAAUCCUGAGACCCAUGCCUUUGUCACAUCCCCAGAGAUUGUCACAGCCCUGGCCAUUGCAGGAACUCUUAAGUUCAACCCAGAAACUGACUUCCUGACAGGCAAGGAUGGCAAGAAGUUCAAACUGGAGGCUCCAGAUGCAGACGAGCUUCCGCAAUUGGACUUUGACCCAGGGCAGGACACCUACCAGCAUCCCCCCAAAGACAGCAGUGGGCAGCGGGUGGACGUGAGCCCUACCAGCCAGCGCCUACAGCUCCUGGAGCCUUUUGAUAAGUGGGAUGGCAAAGACCUGGAGGACUUGCAAAUCUUAAUUAAGGUCAAAGGGAAGUGCACCACUGACCACAUCUCUGCAGCUGGCCCCUGGCUCAAGUUCCGUGGACACCUGGACAACAUCUCCAACAACCUGCUCAUCGGUGCCAUCAACACUGAAAAUGGCAAAGCCAAUUCUGUGCGCAAUGUUGUCACCCAGGAGUUUGGCCCUGUCCCUGACACUGCCCGCUACUAUAAGAAACAUGGAAUCAGGUGGGUAGUGAUUGGAGAUGAGAACUAUGGUGAGGGCUCAAGUCGGGAACAUGCAGCACUGGAGCCUCGCCACCUUGGGGGCCGGGCCAUCAUCACCAAGAGCUUCGCCAGGAUCCAUGAAACCAACCUCAAGAAGCAGGGCCUGCUGCCCCUCACCUUCGCUGACCCUUCAGACUACAACAAGAUCCACCCAGUGGACAAGCUCACCAUUCAAGGCCUGAAGGACUCUGCCCUUGGUAAGCCCCAGAAAUGUGUCAUCAGGCACCCCAACAGGACCAUCCUCCUGAACCAUGCCUUCAAUGAGACUCAGAUUGAGGGGUUCCACACAGGCAGUGCCCUGAACAGGAUGAAGGAACUGCAGCAGUAAGGAAGGGCCAGGCUCCGGUCCCACUCUGGACCCUGCUGAGUGUCACAAGUGCAGUUCCAUGUACGUUGUCAGGCUGGAUCAGGUCUUCCCAGCUCCAAGACGGUGUGACCAGACUUGCUUCCUGCUCUCCCAUCCUCAGCCCACUGAGUGAGCCACUGUGGAGGGGCUUCAGAUAAUGCCCAGCCCCCCGCCUUCCCUUUUAGUUUGGUUCAUUCUUGAGCAGCCCAUGCAACUGUAUUUAUUUUUGAUGACAGCACUCCCCUUCUAAAGACGUUUCUAUUCUGCCUAAUCAUUUCACUGGUGGCUGAAGGAUUUUAGAGAAACUUUUGUUCUUAUUAUAAGAAAAAAACAAAUCUAAAUUCAUUGACUGUU